GAGCAGUACGCUAACAAGGGCAGAGACACGCUGCUUAACAGCUACACUAAGGACAAGUUUAAGCGGCUCUGUAGCAAGCUGUGGACACAUAGCGUAGACGCGAGCUUGUCCUUAGCAACAGUAGAGUGUCACUUCUGUACGCUAGUUAAUCUUAUGCUGGGCCACUACAUGCUUACGCGCGGAGGCAACUGCUGUUCUGCAGAGAUCUUAGACCUGUUCACCUUUAAGUUUAAAGGGGAGGGCCCUACGCGCUGCAUGCCCCUAAUAUUCACUACCUGCGUAAGUAAGCAGAACUAG